CUGCUCAUCCUCUUUCUUUUCCCCGGAUAUAGCUCACAUCCGAAGAGCGUACUUGAGCAUUAUCUUUCAAUCAGUUGGUAUCACCCUCCUUCUGAUGUGGAUAUGCCUAUCAGUGUACUGGGCUGCGCUAGCAUAUUCGAAUGGACUGACAAGCAAUCUUACCGCUUGGUUCAUUGAUCGCGACAACAACAGUAUCGGACAUGCACUAUGGGCAGCUAUCGACAACAAUACUACGCCAGGACAGAAACUGGGCUGGAGCCAAGUCGACCCCACCGUAUUAGGGAGCGACGAUGACGUGAUGCAGGCAGUCAUCAAUGAGCAAGUUUGGUUGGCUCUUGUCGUCGAGACAAACGCUACUGAUAAGCUGUCUGGCGCGAGGCAAACUGGAGAUAGCACGUUCAACCCCACUUCCUUGAUCACUGUCUACUAUGCUGAGGCUCGUCAAGAAAUCUCUGCUGGCACUUACGUGAUUCCGAUUUCCAACAACCUCCUUGGGGAGAUUACGUCGUCUCUCGCUACUGCUUCUGCGCAGCAAUACUUAGCGCAAAUCUAUGCGCAGGGUCAGGUCAAUGAAACCGCCUUGCAACUAAUUGCACAAGCUCCACAGACGAUUUCUCCUGGAAUUAGCUGGACCAGUGUCAACCUUCGGCCAUUUAACGCGCCUGUUGCGUCUGCCGUCGUGGUUAUUGGGCAGAUUUAUCUAUGUAUAUUCACGUUCAUUGUGGCUUCAGCAAAUGCGGCUGCUCUCGCGCUCGUACAGGAACACCUCCGAUUUUCUUCCUACCUCCGACUUCGCUUUGCCGUACCAUUACUGAUCUACAUACCUAUGAGCUUGACAUACACCCUCGUCAGCUUGGCAUUCGGACUUCCCAUGAACACGAGAUUUUCAGCUGCGGGUGGCUUCCUCCUCAUGUGGAUGUAUGUUUACCUAGGCACGAGUACGCUUGGACUGGCCAUGGAGUCCAUGCUCACCGUGCUUGGAGAAAAUUUCACUCCUGUCUUCCUGUUCUCCUUCAUCAUUGCUAAUCUCUCGUCUUCAAUCAUUGCACAUGAACUGCAGCCUGCCUUCUUUGGUUUCGGCAUUGUCUUUCCCUUUUGGAAUCUGUCCCAGGCGAUUCGGACGAUAGUAUUCGAUACCCACUCGUACCUCCCGCGCAAUGCAGGUGUUCUCGUCGCGUGGACCGUUCUCUCUGCACUGACGAUGACAUUGUUUACAUGGUAUCGCCGCCACGAAGCUACGGUCAGAUUGAAAAUGCAUGGAAGGAGGUGAGGCGAAGGUGUCCGAGAAGAAACAUGAUAUCAAAGGGCGAAAGGCCGGUGCGACCGCCUGUUUCUCUCUGUUUCCCCACAGCUGUGUACAAUACUUGUGUAUGUCCCGCAAAACGUGAACACAGAUUAAUGAGGAAUUGGCAUAUGUAGGUCCAAAUUGUGGGAAGACUUAGAUAGACAGUCAUCCUCUUUUGACUCCCCAUCGUUGCUUUGAGGCAUAUUUCCUCCACUUUAGCAUGUCCUCCCGAGACAAGAGGAGGUCGACUGUGUAGAAGCCUUGAGCGAGUUCGUCAUUACUAGCGACAUAAUGCAUAGCACUAUGACAUGGUCUACAAAGUGUGAAAAGA